GUGGUUUUUUGGAAAGAUUCCCCGAGCGAAGGCUGAAGAGAUGUUAGGCAAACAGAGACAUGAUGGUGCCUUCCUCAUCAGGGAGAGUGAGAGUGCUCCUGGGGACUUCUCCCUCUCAGUCAAGUUUGGAAAUGAUGUGCAGCACUUCAAGGUGCUUAGAGAUGGGGCUGGCAAGUAUUUCCUCUGGGUGGUGAAGUUCAAUUCUUUGAACGAGCUGGUAGAUUAUCACAGAUCCACAUCUGUGUCCAGGAACCAGCAAAUAUUUCUCCGGGACAUUGAACAGGUGCCACAGCAACCAACGUAUGUUCAGGCCCUGUUUGAUUUUGAUCCCCAGGAGGAAGGAGAGCUCGGCUUCCGCCGUGGAGACUUUAUCCAAGUCCUUGACAAUUCUGACCCCAACUGGUGGAAGGGAGCCUGCCACGGACAGACGGGCAUGUUUCCACGCAACUAUGUGACCCCAGUGAACCGGAACAUCUAGAGAUAAAUAUUAGAGAUUAUUUAAAGAAACCAGAGAAACAGUAAAUACACAUACAGAGCCUAACUGCAGCCAGUGACCUAAAAUCACACGGCGAUAAAACCUGAGUCACCUUUCACCGUGAGGUGAUCCUCCCUCCUUCACUCAGUACGGAACUUCAGGGGUGGUGG